AUGCCUCCACUGAACGCACAUGACGAAGAGACACCUCUGCUCCACCCAGAUGGAGAUGCAGUGUCGGUGAAAAGUCACGACACGCAAGAUACGAUACAAGUGCAGUUCCCAGACGGCGACGACGGGGAUCCGCGAGCAUGGAAGGAGAGGCGGAAGAUGACCAACGUGGCGAUCGUCGCAUUGAUGGCGGUGCUCAGCCCUCUGGCGAGCUCCAUGUUCACGCCAGGGAUAUCGCAGAUCGCCGAGGACCUCGACACCAGCGAACAGUCGGUGAUCGCCACGACGACGGGAUUCGUCAUCUGUCUGGGGCUCGGGCCCCUGGUUCUGGCGCCGCUCAGCGAGACGUUUGGACGGCGGUUGUUGUACAUUUGCUGUUUUGCCGUCUUCUCGCUGCUGCAGGCCGCGUCGGCGUUGAGCCCGAAUAUCGCGGCGCUGAUUGCUCUACGCACGAUUGCUGGGUUCUUUGGUAGUGUUGGGAUUGCCAAUGGUGGUGGUACUAUCAACGAUAUGUAUUUGCCGUCUCAGCGAGCGGGCGUGUAUGGCUGGUAUCUACUCGGGCCUCUUUUGGGCCCUACCUUGGGACCCCUUUUUGGUGGCAUUAUCGUGUCGAGAUUGAAUUGGCGUUGGAUAUACUGGAUCUUGACCAUUGUCUGUGCGCUCAAUACUGCGGUGGGUUAUUUCUUCCUCCAAGAAACCUAUGUGCCAGUCCUCCUUGGGAAGCGAAAACGAGAGCUUGAAGAAGGGUCCGAUGAAGGUAGCAAGUAUCGUUAUGACGGUGAAGACCUGCGUCCACUCACCACCAAACUCCGACAUAGCAUGAAAAGACCGUUUGUGAUAUUCGCCCAGCCGAUCGUCCUCACGAUGAGUCUGUAUCAAGCGCUGAUAUUUGGGACAACUUACAGCAUCUAUACCAACAUGCAGAGUAUCUUUUCCGAGUCGCCGUACAAUCUGAAUUCGGAACAAGUCGGGCUCUUGUAUCUGGGUCCUGGACUGGGGUUUCUGGUCGCUGUUCGGGGCCUUGUGCCUCGAAUUGAUACCAUUUUCAACGAGUUGACGAAGAGAAAUGAUGGUAUCUCCAAACCCGAGUUUCGCUUACCAUUGGCCAUAUUUCCUGGAAGCGUGUUGAUCCCUGCGGGCCUGAUAUCUUUUGCCUGGCUGGUCGAAUACCGGGUUCAUUGGGCGGCGUGCAUCGCAGCGACGUUCUUUUAUGGUAUAGGCCAAGUGCUCAUCAUCAACACGGUACAGAAUUACUACAUCGACUCGUUCUCGGAAUACGCAGCGUCCGCCAUUGCAGGAGGAUCGGUUCUUCGAAGCUUGAUUGGCGGGAUUGUGCCUUUGUUCUCGCCCAUGUUGUUUGAGAAGCUUGGGUAUGGUUGGGGAAUCAGUUGCUUUGGAUUUGUGGGAGUCCUGAUCGCGCCAAGUCCGUUGUUAUUCUACUAUUAUGGGGAGCGGAUACGAGAAAGGUUUCAACUGAACUUCUAG